AUGUCGUCGCUCGCCCGUCCCAUGCUCCGCUCGCCGGCCCUCCGCGUCGCCGCCCGACGCUUCGAGAGCACCGCUGCCCAGAAGGCUGCCGAGGCCACCAAGAACACCGCUGCCCGGGCUCAGGAGGGCCUGUCGCGCGUCACAUCUGCUGCUGGCCCGGCCAUUGCUGGUGCCGCCAAGGGUGCCGCCAAUGCCCUGAGCAAGGUCGGCGGGCGAACGGGCAAGGUCAUCAGCUUCGUUGAGCGACAAGUUCCCUUUGUGGUUUACUACUCCAAGGUUGCCCUCGAGGUUGGCAAGAUUGUGUUCCACGGCCAGAAGAUGAGCCCUCCCAACAUGGCCACUUUCCAGACCACCUACCAGAACCUCCUCAAGACCAUCCAGACCCGGGGCCUCCUCCAGUCCUCCCAGAACGUCAUCCAGCAGGUACGGAAUAUCGGCCCUGCUCAGGUCGCCGCUGGCGGCGUCGUCCUUGCCGAGGUUCUGGGCUUCUUCACCGUCGGCGAGAUCAUUGGCCGAUUCAAGCUCGUUGGUUACCGCGGCGAGGUCUCUUCGCACCACUAA